ACAUUUGUGUUCAUAUUUUUCAGUGUUCUGCAUUGAAUGUUAUCACUGCAAAGGAAGCGAAUUAACAGAAGCAAGAUGCGCAGAUAACUACACGUUACAGACCUGUGGUUCAAGCCCUGAUGGCAAGGCCUACAACGCUUGUUUUUCCCACAAUAUAACGUACAAUAUGCCAAUAUUUGGGAUUCGUUAUAAAGAGGAAAAAGGCUGUACUAUUGCCAUGGAACACUGUGAUUUCUUACGAACAAUCUACUGCGGCGAUGACUCAAAUGUUGUUGUGAAUUGUUCAUUCAAUUGCUGUGACAACAAUCGAUGUAAUUUGGGGCAUUUAACGCCAGUUGAUGGGGAUCCGACCACGCCCGAUGAAAUGACGUCGAGAUUUCCUAUGGAUCCCAGGACCUUUCCAAGUUAUCGGGCAUCGAGUACACAGCAAACCCAAAGCUCCACUGAUCAUGAAAUGAAAACGCCGAUUGUUGAAAGCAAAGGGUGUGAAUUGCAUUCAGAAUUAUGGCUAAAAAUAUUGUUUAGUUUGAUAGUAAUGAAAUAUUAUUGAGAAAUAUUAAAAGAAAAUUCAUAUUACAAUAUUGUUAAUGGUCUCUUGAUUUUCAAGACUAUUAAGGAAAGGGAAAACAAGGAGGAAAAAAAAAAAGAAAAAAAAAAUGAAAAUGACCUUGUUUUUGGGGCUCACUAAAAAUUGGGAUCCCUGUGCCAUUCAUUCCCAGUCUUCCAACAAGGCAGCACACUAAAACGAGGCCGUCUCUGCCACGUCGCCAUUACAAAUUCAUCAUACUUUCACGAAAACCUUAAAAAAUUGGUGAUUUAAAGCAAGAUGCAGUAUCUCAGACGCGAUAAAAAAGAUGAGGAAGAAUCUCUUGUGAACCCCUUCCAGAACAUCGACAAAGGAGUUGUGUUACAAGAGUGCCGUGUUUUCAAUGAAACACCGAUCAAUGUCAGGAAAUGCAUUCACAUUUUGACCAAGAUUCUGUACUUGACUAAUCAGGGAGCUCACCUUGGUACUACGGAAGCUACRGAGGCAUUCUUUGCCAUGACAAAGCUCUUCCAAUCAAAGGAUCUUAUGCUGAGGAGAAUGGUUUACUUGGCUAUUAAAGAGUUGGCAUCAAUUGCCGAAGAUGUUAUCAUUGUCACUAGCAGCUUGACAAAGGACAUGACUGGCAAAGAGGAUAUGUUUAGAGGAAGUGCCAUCAGGGCUCUAUGCAAAAUAACUGAU